GAUAAUUUUGGCUUAUCCUUCAACAAAAUUGAUGUAUAAAUACACUGCCAAAGUUGGCUCUACCUCACAAGGAUACGAAAGAGAACAUAUAAACAAAAUAUAGCACAUUCACACGCAUACACAUAUGGAGGCAUCUAAACUUGCCCUUUUGGUUGUGCUGGCAAUGGCAGCCGCCAUGGCUAACCCCUCCCAUGCCCAGAACUCGCCACAAGACUAUGUCAUCGCCCACAACAUCGCCCGCGCCGCCGUCGGCCUGGGCCCUGUGACCUGGGAUGCGGCCGUGGCGGCCUAUGCAGCGAGCUACGCCAGGCAACGCUCCGGUGAUUGCAAGCUAGUGCACUCAAAGGCACCACAGUACGGGGAGAACCUCUUCUGGGGCUCCGGCAAGGACUGGACGGCGGCGCAGGCCGUGAAGAUAUGGGCUGACGAGAAGGCCAGCUACAACUACGCAUCCAACAGCUGCGCCGCCGGUGAGCAGUGCGGGCACUACACGCAGAUAGUGUGGCGCAACUCGACGCAUGUCGGCUGCGCGCGCCUGCUGUGCAAGCACGACGCCGGCGUGUUCAUCACUUGCAAUUAUAGCCCUCCCGGCAACUACAUUGGGCAGAGGCCAUAUUGACUUCUUUUUUUUUUGCGGGACAGAGGCCAUAUUGAUUUGAUUGGCUUGGCAGCAAAUAGAUUUAGAUCAGCGUAUCUUUUUCUUUAAGAUCAAGAUCAGCGUAUCUUUUUCUGCAUUUUAUAUGGAAUAACUAUAAAUAUGUACUCCCUCUAUAAACUACUUCCUCUGAUUUUAAAUA